CCUUUCGCUGAGCCGCGAGGGUUGGGAGCGGCGGGAGUGGUGGGCCCGCUGUCGCCGCCGAGAAGGAGGAGGAGGGAAGGCGCUGCCACCAUGGCGUCGUAUAUGGGGAGUCGCACUUUGAGCAAGGACGAUGUGAACUAUCGGAUGCACUUCCGCAUGAUCAACGAGCAGCAAGUGGAGGACAUCACCCUGGAGUUCUUCUACCGGCCCCACACCAUCACCCUGCUCAGCUUCACCAUCCUCAGCCUCAUGGCCUUCGCCUUCACCAGAGAUGAUUCAACCCCUGAAGAUAACAUUUGGAAAGGCAUCCUCUGUGUGGUAUUUUUCUUUCUAAUCAUCAGUGUUCUAGCUUUUCCCAAUGGCCCUUUCACCCGUCCACACCCUGCAAUAUGGCGCAUGGUAUUUGGUUUGAGUGUUCUUUAUUUUCUGUUUCUGGUAUUCCUGCUCUUCCUUAACUUUGAACAAGUGAAGUCAGUGAUGUACUGGUUGGAUCCCAACCUUCGAUAUGCGACAAGAGAAGCAGACAUUAUGGUGGGUACACUGAUAGUGUAUAAUGAACAUUUUGGUGUCUUGAUCUUCGUAGUAACAUGUGAGUUUAGCAGCAGUAGACAAACAUGA